CCUCUACAGGGAUGUCAUGCAGGAGAACCAUGAGACGGUGACCUCGCUGGGAUUUCCCGUUCCCAAACCUGACCUGAUUGUCCGGCUGGAACGGGGGGAAGAGCCGUGGGUCCCGGAUCUCCAGGCCUCUGAGGAAAGUGGGAGUCUGAGAGGCACCUGCACAGCAGGUGAUAGGAUGGUGAUUGAGAACAAGGAGGAGAAUCAGCAGGAGGAAGGUCCUGAGGAAGUGGAACCGCAGGAGGGGUUUUUGAGAAAAGCUGAAGAGAAUUUUUUCCAGGGCUUGGAACAGGGAAAUGCCUGGGGAGAUCGACACGGAUCAGAGAUGCAGCUGGGAAACUAUCCCGAGAAGAAACUGGAUAAAUCCACUGAAUGUGGCAGAGAAUGGAAGGAUCCCAAGGAAACCACAGUCCAGCAGACAAGUCACAAUGAAGAGAAACUCUACAAAUGCCUUGACUGUGGGAAAAGAUUUAAUGCGAGGUCACAGCUUAUGUCACAUAACAGAAUCCACACAGGAGAGAAGCCCUAUAAAUGCUUGGACUGUGGGAAAAGCUUUAGUAGGAAACUAUGUCUUACUGUACACCAGAGACUGCACACGGGAGAGAAACCCUAUAUAUGCUUUGAGUGUGGGAAAAGUUUUAGGCAGUGGUCACAGCUUAUGUCACAUCACAGAACCCACACAGGAGAGAAGUCCUAUAAAUGCUUGGACUGUGGGAAAAGCUUCAGUAGGAAGCUAUGUCUUCUUAUACACCAGAGAGUACACACAGGAGAGAGAUCCUUUAAAUGCCUUGAGUGUGAGAAAACUUUCAUUAAGCGCUCAGACCUUAUUAAGCAUCAGAGAAUCCACACAAGCGACAAACCCUAUACAUGCCUCGACUGUGGGAAAAGUUUCACUGACAGAAUAAAACUUACUAGUCAUCAGAGAAUGCAUACAGGAGAGAGACCCCAUAAAUGCUUUGACUGUGGCAAAAGCUUCAUACAGAAGUCAAGGCUUACUGUACACCAGAGAGUGCACACAGGAGAGAGACCCUAUAUAUGCUGUGAGUGUGGGAAAGGUUUUAUUCGGAGCUCAGAGCUUAUUAAACAUCAGAUCACCCACACAGGAGAGAGACCCUUUAAAUGCCGUGAGUGUGGGAAAAGUUUUAAUCAUAACUCAGCGCUUAUAACACACCAGCGAACCCACACAGGAGAGAGACCCUAUGGAUGCCUUGAGUGUGGGAAAAGUUUUAUUGAGAACUCAGCGCUUACUAGACAUAGGAGAAUCCACACAGGAGAAAGACCCUAUAAAUGCCAGGAGUGUGGGAAAAGUUUCAGUGUGAAAUCAACCCUUAAUACACAUCAGAAAACCCACACAGGAGAGAGACCCCAUAAAUGCUUUGACUGUGGGAAAAGCUUCAUUCAGAAGUCAAAGCUUAGUGAACACCAGAGAGAACAUACAGGAGAGAGACCAUAUAAAUGCCUUGACUGUGGGAAAACUUUCAUUAAGCGCUCAGACCUUAUUAAGCAUCAGAGUAUCCACACAAGCGACAAAUCCUGUAAAUGCCUCGACUGUGGGAAAAGUUUCCCUGACACAAUAAAACUUACAAGUCAUCAGAGAAUCCAUACAGGAGAGAGCCCUCAUAAAUGCUUUGCCUGUGGGAAAAGCUUUAUACACAAGUCCAGGCUUGUUGUACACCAGAGAGUGCACACGGGAGAGAAACCCUUUAAAUGCCGUGAGUGUGGGAAAAAUUUUAGUCAGCGUGCAACACUUAUUACACAUCAGCGAACCCAUACAGGAGAGAGACCCUACGGAUGCCUUGAGUGUGGGAAAAGUUUUAUUGCAAGUUCAGCCCUUGCUAACCAUAGGAGAAUCCACACGGGAGAAAGACCCUAUAAAUGCCACGAGUGUGGGAAAACUUUCAGAUACCGCUCAAACCUUACUAAACAUGGGAGAAUCCACAUCGGAGAGACGUAUUAUAAAUGCCUUCAGUGUGGGAAACGUUUUGUUGACAGAACAAAACUUACUGUUCAUCAGAGAAUCCAUACAGGAGAGAGACCCCAUAAAUGCUUAGACUGCGGGAAAAGCUUCAUUCAGAAGUCAAAACUUAUUCUACACCAGAGAGUGCACACAGGAGAGAGACCGUAUGAAUGCUUGGAGUGUGGGAAAAGCUUCAUUGAGAAGUCACAACUUAUUCUACACCAGAGAGUGCACACAGGAGAGAGACCCUUUCAAUGCUGUAAAUGUGGGAAAAGUUUUAUUCGGAGCACAGCGCUUAUCACACAUCAGAGAACCCACACAGGAGAGAGACCCUAUAAAUGCCUUGAAUGUGGCAAAAGUUUUAGUCAGAGCUCAAAUCUUAUUGCACAUAAGAGAACCCACACAGGAGACAGACCCUAUAAAUGCUUGGACUGUGGGAAAACUUUCAGUCAGCGCCCACACCUUACUAAACAUGGGAGAAUCCACACAGGAGAGAGACCUGAUAAAUGCCUUGACUGUGGGAAAAGCUUCAGUAAGAGCUCAGAGCUCACCAAACACCAGAGAAUGCACAAGGAUGAGAGACCCUAGGAAUAGCUUGACUGUGGGAAAAGAUGGGAUAAGAGGGGAGGGAGAGAACAGGGGUAGAGAGGUGCUGCCUCAUCACUCACCCCCUCUGCCCCUUCUCCGUGCCCCUGCUGCAUUCAGACAGCACCAUUAGGAGAGACUGAUUCAUACAGGGCCUUUUGUUGGAAGUCUGGAUUUCCCACCUCUGCUACUGCAGCAUCAGCCUGUGAGAGGGAAGCAGCGUUGCCUAGUGGAUAGAGCACUGGCCUGGGACUCAGGAGACAUAAGCUCUGUUCCCAACUCUGCCAGCAGCUUGCGGGGUGGCCAGAGACAAAUCUGUACCUUCCCGAGAGGGAAUAAAUGGGGAGUGAUAAUAUCAGCCUCCAAGCGUCUGUCUAGGGCAGGAGAAGUGGUUGGGAUUAGCUGGUGCGUCUCCUUUGUUCCUCCACCCCUUUUUCUAGUCUAGACUGGCCCUGAGCAGUUUAUUCCAAUCCCCCAUUAGCAAAGUGAUUGUUAGAGUCACUAAGUCCCCCCUUCGCAGUGAGAUUGUCUCAUGCCCAGACAGCCUCACACUGCUCCAGGUUCUGCUGAAAAGCAUUUCACUUUUUGUGCUGUUUUUCCCUUAUCCGCCAGCAUUCAAUAGAGUCUAAAAGAGCUGGAGCAGGAAUAGCAAAAUAAUGUGGUGUUUUAACUUCUGUGUUAUUUGAGGGGACGGGGUGAGUCCGGGGGAUUCCCUCCCGCCCCCAUCAAGCUCACACAUCUUCUCUCACAGAGCAGCCUCUGCCCAAGCCGAGGAGGGUUUAACCUUUUCCCUUUCUACCCCUCCACCUUCACGUGUGUCAUUUACCACAGUGUCCUUUGCCCACCAUGCUUAGGAAACAGGCUUUGAUUUCUUUGAUCCUCAAUCAGGCCCCUGAGGGCUGGAGAAGAAAAUGCCCAUUCCUGAAGCGGGAAUUGAAAUGAACCCAAAGCACAGUUCGAGCUUCAAGCGCAGCCUCCAGCUAUUGGUAAAGUGGCAUCUGGAGUUUUUCCAGCCAAAUCCAGAUCAUUUGUAGAUAGGAAGUUUUUGGUGGUUUGUCUUUUUUUCCUCUUUCUUUUAUGACUAGGAUGCUAAAGCUUUUGUCAAUAACCAGCCAAAUAAUGCGGCGGUGCUGAGGAAAGGAGCUUUAGCCUGUUCAGCAGGAAACGGGCAAAUUUGUUCCCCAGAUUUUGACUUUCAAAAUUCUCUGGGAUUUCACUUCAUGAACAGGAAAGUGGUUUAUAGCCCACCCUGGAGUGUGGGUUUUUCUCUUUUAGGUGAAGUCUGUUCUGUCACGUAUUUUGAUAAUAAAUAAGUUUUAAAGGACCUAGUUCAGAUUUCUUGGGGACUUCAAAAGAGAAAUGAUAAUUUGCCACAAUAGUCCUUACUGAUUUUCUUUUCACAUCAGAUUUGCUGCUUCUUUGAAUAGUGAAAAUGACCAGUGUCUGUCAGCAAAGCACUGAGGGUGAGUGCUGGAUACACACUCCAGGAAUCGGACUGAAAUGGGGAAGGAAGUGACUGCCUGAUCCCUGCAGAGAUGUGAGAUACAGUCAGGAGGGGGAGAGGGUGGUUGGGUUGGUCGGUGUCCUGGGCCUUGAAAGGGCACUGUUUGGUCUUGCGAGCCAGAGAGCUGAGGCUGAGAACUGUGAACUCACUGCACAAGUCCCAGAGAGAGAGGAAAUGUCCUAUGAGUGCUGGGUGGAGUCAUCCUUGAACUCCGAAGGGCUACCAGUGAUGCCCCAAGAGGAUUGAUGUGGAGAGGGGUCGGCGACUCCCCGUUGCUGAGAGGAGGAGGCCGGGCAAAUGCCUCUCUCAUGGAUUGUUAGCGCUUUUCUACCAGCUUUAACUUGUUCCUCUUUCCCUGGGGCACGUGUGUGGCUGGAGCACCAGUGUGCUGGGAUGGGGCUAAAAUGCACCGUGCCGAGCUGGGCAUUGGACUGGGGAGCGGGGGGACAGAAUUUAGCUUUUAUUUCUUGCUUUCAAAAGAAUAAAGUAGAAUUUAAUUUCUCAAACUCCCAAUGU